AUGGUUGAGACGGCCCGCGAUGUUCAUGCUAUGCAAAAUGGGUGUGGCCGAUUUGGAGAGGGAGCGUUAUAUCGCGAUGGAACUAAUGCCGUUUACUAUUUGGGACAAGUGCGACAUCAUCUUACAGCAUCUCUUGACUGGAAGGAUCUUAGGCCGAUUGGAAUGGAAAAACCAGCAGCAGCACGUGAUGGCAUGAUGUCGCCGUCUAAAACAGCCAAACCAGUGGACUUAGAGCGUAUGCAGAAGGAAUUGACCGUGCUACAGCAAGAGAGAGUUGCCGAUAUGGCGGCUGCACUG